AUGGCAGAAAAUAUAAAAGAUAUUGAUAUUAACAAUUUUGGACCUCAAAUAGAAGCAGUUGUAAAGGAAGCCUUUAAAACUUGUAUGGUGGAAUCAGAAAGGUCAUGUCAACGUAGCUACAUACCAGCUGUUGUGGUGGCAGUCUUAGUUUUUAAUGCUCUUGUAUAUAUUGGCCACAAAUUUGGAAGAAACUUUUUAAUCCAGUUGUAG